UAUCUGUUCUAAAGAGAAUUGCCGGCCAUUGCCAAAAUACGAAUCCGCGAGGGAGCCGAAGCGGAAAAUUGACCAGUCUCUAUUUGCAGAGUUAUUUCUAUUCAAGACCGAUAAAAUACGUUGUAAAAGAACUGGAAACCAUGGCAACGCUUUUGAGAGCGUUUGGUCGCUUUUUCACGAAGCAUCCUUUGGCAGGCAACGGCAUUGUGUAUGGCACGUUAUACGUUGGAGCAGAAUUUUCGCAGCAAACAAUCACUCGAAAAUUCUUAACCGACCCUCCGCAAAAUAUCGAUCGGCCUACACUAGCACGUUACGCCAUCAUGGGUACCUUCAUCUAUUCGCCAAUCCUUUAUAACUGGUACAAGUGGCUGGAUAAAACGUUUCCCGGCACGACGAAACGAAUUAUUGUAAAGAAGCUGCUGUUGGACCAGUUCAUAUUGACGCCACCGUUAUUGGUUAUAUUUUUCACUGGCAUGUCCCUAAUGGAACGACAAUCAUCCGCCACCGAAGAGUGCCGUCAAAAAUUCGUGCCCACAUUUGCAAGGUCAUGCUUAUUCUGGAUGCCGGCCCAAACACUAAACUUCAUCCUCGUGCCACCAAAGUUCCGCGUCGUUUACGUGGGAUCGUGUGCCUUUGCAUGGGUAAAUAUCCUUUGCUGGGUCAAACGUCAAAAGAUGAAAAGCUCAAGUUAAGCAGACAAGAGAUAUACGCAAGAAAAAAAAAUUUUCACUCGCUAACCAACAACGACUCUAAGUAGCAUUUAGAUAGGACAUUAUAAUUAGAUAGGAUGCGUAUACAUUAAUUAAAAAAAAGGGUUAUGUAGGUUUUUAUGAACAAUUUUUUUUAAUUGCGCUAUCAAUGAGACAAACAAAUUGAUUGCUAUUAGAAUAAAACAUAAAUUAAACUUCUAAGCAGCAUUUGGCAUAACUACAACGUUUGCUGACAUAAGUAACAAUGUAAUGAGACAACUGGUUCAGGUCUUUUUUUAAUGACCCAAAUAAAAAAACAACUGU